GGGGACAGCGAGGCGCUGUCAGUGGAGGGUGCUGGGUUGGUGUUUCUGGCCAGGUUCUCAAAAGGGAACUUAAUUUGUCUUGGCUCGCAGGCAAAUGCCAAUCUCUGAGCUCCCGGCGUUCCAGGAACGGUCUGUUUUGUCGAAGUAUUAAAACGCAGGACCUGGUGCUUUAAGCAGUAACGGCAACACCAGCCACAGCCGCAGCGCUGGGGCCUUGUGUAGAAGCUCCAUCCCCCUUGUCUUGUGCCUGUUUGCGUCCCCAGACUCAGAGAACAUCUUGGAAGAUCUAGGACUCCAAGAAUGUUCCCCUUGAAGGAUGCUGAAAUGGGUGCCUUUACCUUCUUUGCCUCAGCUCUGCCACAUGAUGUUUGUGGAAGCAAUGGCCUUCCUCUUACACCAAACUCCAUCAAGAUUUUAGGUCGCUUUCAAAUCCUUAAGACCAUCACCCAUCCUAGACUGUGCCAGUAUGUGGAUAUUUCUAGGGGAAAGCAUGAAAGACUAGUCGUGGUGGCUGAACACUGUGAACAGAGUCUGGAAGACUUGUUACGAGAAAGAAAACCUGUGAGCCAUUCAAAGGUUUUGUGCAUAGCAUUUGAAGUACUUCAGGGCUUGCAGUAUAUGAACAAACAUGGUAUAGUACACCGGGCACUUUCUCCUCAUAAUAUCCUGUUGGAUAGAAAGGGACAUAUUAAAUUGGCUAAAUUUGGACUUUAUCACAUGACAGCUCAUGGUGAUGAUGUUGAUUUCCCAAUAGGGUAUCCAUCAUACUUGGCACCUGAAGUAAUUGCACAAGGAAUUUGCAAAACCACUGAUCAUGUGCCAAGUGAAAAACCAUUGCCUUCUGGCCCCAAAUCAGAUGUAUGGUCUCUUGGGAUCAUUUUAUUUGAGCUUUGUGUGGGAAGAAAAUUAUUUCAGAGCUUGGAUAUUUCUGAAAGACUAAAAUUUUUGCUUACUUUGGAUUGUGUAGAUGAUACUGUAACAGUUCUGGCCGAAGAGCAUGGUUGUCUGGACAUUAUAAAGGAACUUCCUGAAAAUGUAACAGAUCUUUUAAAGAACUGCCUCACUUUCCAUCCUUCUAAGAGGCCAACUCCAGAUGAAUUAAUGAAGGACAAAGUGUUCAGUGAAGUGUCACCUUUAUAUACCCCAUUUAUCAAACCUGCCAGUCUGUUUUCAUCUUCUCUGAGAUGUGCUGAUUUAACUCUGCCUGAGGAUAUUAGUCAGUUGUGUAAAGAUAUAAACACAGAUUAUCUGGCAGAAAGAUCUAUUGAAGAAGUUUAUUACCUUUGGUGUUUGGCUGGAGGUGACUUGGAGAAAGAGCUUGUUAAUAAGGAAAUCAUUCGAUCCAAACCACCUAUCUGCACACUUCCCAAUUUUCUCUUUGAAGAUGGUGAAAGCUUUGGACAAGGACGAGAUAGAAGCUCGCUAUUAGAUGAUACUACUGUUACAUUGUCUUUAUGCCAGCUAAGAAAUAGAUUAAAAGAUGUUGGUGGAGAAUCAUUUUAUCCAUUACUUGAAGAUGAUCAGUCUAAUUUGCCUCAUUCAAACAGCAAUAAUGAAUUGUCUGCAGCUGCCACUCUCCCUUUAAUCAUCCGGGAGAGGGACACCGAGUACCAACUAAACAGAAUUAUUCUCUUUGACAGACUACUAAAGGCUUAUCCAUAUAAAAAAAAUCAAAUUUGGAAAGAAGCAAGAAUUGACAUUCCUCCUCUAAUGAGGGGUUUAACGUGGGCUGCUCUUCUGGGAGUUGAGGGAGCUAUUCAUGCCAAGUAUGAUGCAAUUGAUAAAGAUACACCAAUUCCUACAGAUAGACAAAUUGAAGUGGAUAUUCCUCGCUGCCACCAGUAUGAUGAGCUAUUAUCAUCACCAGAAGGUCAUGCAAAAUUUAGGCGUGUAUUAAAAGCUUGGGUAGUAUCUCAUCCUGAUCUUGUGUACUGGCAAGGUCUUGACUCACUUUGUGCUCCAUUCCUCUAUCUAAAUUUCAAUAAUGAAGCUUUGGCUUAUGCAUGUAUGUCUGCUUUUAUUCCCAAAUACCUAUAUAAUUUCUUCUUGAAAGACAACUCGCAUGUAAUACAAGAGUAUCUGACUGUUUUCUCUCAGAUGAUUGCAUUUCAUGACCCAGAGUUGAGUAAUCAUCUCAAUGAAAUUGGCUUCAUUCCUGAUCUCUAUGCCAUUCCUUGGUUUCUCACCAUGUUUACUCAUGUAUUUCCACUGCACAAAAUUUUCCACCUCUGGGAUACCUUACUACUUGGAAAUUCCUCUUUCCCAUUCUGUAUUGGAGUAGCAAUUCUCCAGCAACUACGGGAUCGGCUUUUGGCUAAUGGCUUUAAUGAGUGCAUUCUUCUCUUCUCUGAUUUACCAGAAAUAGACAUUGAACGCUGUGUACGAGAAUCGAUCAACCUGUUUUGUUGGACUCCUAAAAGUGCUACUUAUAGACAGCAUGCUCAACCUCCAAAACCAACUUCUGACAGUACUGGAGUCAGAAGUACAUCGUAUUUUUCAGCCGAAUGUUCAGAGCCUCCCAAGACAGAUCUGUCAAGAGAAUCCAUCCCAUUAAAUGACCUAAAAUCUGAAGUAUCACCCCGAAUUUCAGCAGAGGACCUGAUUGACUUGUGUGAGCUCACAGUGACAGGCCACUUCAAAACACCCACAAAGAAAACAAAGUCCAGUAAGCCAAAGCUCCUGGUGGUUGACAUCCGCAAUAGUGAAGAUUUUGUUCGAGGUCACAUUUCAGGCAGCAUCAACAUUCCAUUCAGUGCUGCAUUCACUGCAGAAGGGGAGCUUACCCAGGGUCCUUAUACCACUAUGCUUCAGAACUUCAAGGGAAAGGUCAUUGUCAUCGUGGGGCAUGUGGCAAAGCACACAGCUGAGUUUGCAGCUCAUCUUGUGAAGAUGAAAUAUCCAAGAAUCUGUAUUCUAGAUGGUGGCAUCAAUAAAAUCAAGCCAACAGGCCUCCUCACAGUCCCAUCUCCUCAAAUCUGAAGAACCAAGAGACUGGGUGACAAAAGGACAGAGUGGCAUCAGUAUCCCAUAGCACAAUUCUUCAUAGCCAUGUCAUUGUAAGAUGAAACUAGAUCUCCAGAUUGUUGCAUUUCCUUAAAGCUUUCUCAUGAGCCAUUUUGUAAAACUCAUGACCCAGAUGUUCAGCUCUCGAGGCAAGAAACUUGACUGUACUUGUAUUGCUAAAAGAAUUUUCUUAACAGUGAAAUCUGAUCAUGUAUUUUUACCACACUGCCACAUAAAGCCAGAGGAAUUCAGCUGACAGGCAGAUUUAGCAUUAUCAAGAAAUCCCAGUUGCACUGAAAAAUUCAUCCUCCGUCACACUGAACAGACAGUCCUAACAAAGGUAUUACUUAGAAAUAUAGAUGGAAUGUGGACUGAAAUCAUGAUCUUUCCAUGAUAACAAAAACUAAAAAGCUGUUUGCAGUCUAUUCCUUAUAAAUAAAUGCUACAUUUGGAAACUGUGUUAGCCUAGACAAGUUGUAUGCUUGUGCGUGGGAGUGUGUGUAGAGGAAGUAGAGUUCAGCCUGUUUCAGAAAGUGGUAAUAGUUCACUCCCAGAAAAAUGAAAUUCAGAAACCAUUCCUAUUUGAUAGACUAUUAGUCCAGUUCAUAUAUCACAGAAACCUGAAGAGUGACUUAAACAAGGUUUCUAGCUUCUUUGUCACAUAAAAGUUGGCAUAUUUAGUCCAGGGCUAGUAUACCGACGUCAUGAUCACUUGAAGCCCAGGUAUCGUCUCAUACUGCUUUACCAAUCUUGCUACAUGGCACCCCUCACGUGGAUGAAAAUGGCUAUUUGGCUCCCUUGAUAUCUGCAAGCAAAAGGAAGGGAUGAGCGAAGGAGGGAGGAAAGAAAAGAAGAAAUAAGAGAAAAGGGGAAGGCAUGUUCUUUUAUGUACUUACACAGCAUUGGCCUGACUGUAGUCAUGUGGCCACACCUAGCUACAGAGAAAAUCAGGAUUAUAGUCUUUGACUGAGGAGCCACCUCCCCAGCUAAAAAAGCUUUAUUACUGUGUGGGAAGAAGAGAACACAUUAAGGGUGACAGCUAGCAGCCUCUGCCACAUUUUUUUGAAAAAGUAAAUGCUGUGUUUAAUUAAAUCUAAGGCAGUAUAAUAUUAUAUAUCAUGAGAAAAUAAAAAAAUCCAGCCAAACUGUGACACACCAUCAAUUAUAAGAUACAUUCCCAUUUAGAAAUCUGAAAAAUAUACAUCUUAUAAUUACUGAAAUGCAGUACAUCUUUUGAAUAUUUUCAGUUUUGUUUUAAAUAAAAAGUGUUCAUUCCUCUAUAACUUAUAUUUCUCUUUAAUGUGAAAACUGCCUAGUUUGAAUAUUUAAAUAAAAGCCUCAGUUCAAAUUUCUGGGCCACAGAUUUGUAACUGCUACUGGGUUUUUUGUUUGUUU